CCGACUUAACCAUUUGUAACGACCGGGUUUUAUAUAUGUAAGCAUUAAUAAAAAGUAGCAAAGCAUGUUUCUGUGUGUUUAGAAAAGUUGACAAAGUAAAACCCCUCCAGAAUUAGGUGUACCUGUGAUUCUUUUUAUGAGGGUAUCAACAGAUGCUUAGAGAUGUUAAACCUGUCUCCUUCAAGUUAUCGGAACGUUGAUCUUAGCGAUCGGACAGUGACGAGUAAGAAGGUGUACUCGCGGAGGCCGUGGUACGCACCGCCGGUAGACCCCGCAGAAAUAUUAAGGGAACAGGAGAGAUAUUCAGAUUACGAUUCUGAAUACGGAGGCAGCGAAGACGCAAAUGCAAAACAGGUGGAAGAUUAUUACGACCGGCACCAAGACUACGACGAAGCAGUAGCUCCGCAACCCGUCGAAGCUUUGGGGCACCUAGAAAGCUCUUCCAUCCAAGCGAGCUUCGAAAAAGCUCCUACCACAAGCUCCGUCUCUGAAUUUUCGAUAGCUAAUGCUGUGAAUUUACGAGAGGCAGUACUCGUGGCUUUGGGUGGUGCAAGUGCGGCUUUGGUCCUUUUGAUUGUGAUGGCUGGAGUAUUCGUGGCUCGUCGACGCAAGAACAGCCCGUCCCCUACACCUUCACCCCCGAUAUUGGUGUAUCCACCACACGACAUCUCAGCCCCUUGCUAUAUGACGAAAGAAGUGAACUUCUCGCUGCCCACCCUUCGCUCUUCUUCGCUCGGUGAACUUCGUGACGUAGUGAGCGUCAACAGCUUGGGAAGCGACGUGCUCUGCCCGCCGGUACCUACGCAACUGCGCUCCAAUUCUUUUACUAAUACAGCGGACCUUGGAGUUCUGGACCCGGCACUGUACAAGUCAGAUUGUCUGGACGAAGAUUUUAUGUGGCCUGAGGGGCAUGUGGGUCGCGUGUGGUUCACGUUGAAGUACGAAGCAGCCACUGAAAGACUACAAGUGCAUAUCAUAAAAGCUAAGCAUCUGCCCUCACGUACACCGGCCCUGGCUAACGCAUGCGAUCCUUACAUCAAGAUUCAACUGAUGCCCGACGAAAGGCGUGUUUUACAAACGAAACAAAAGAAGAAAACCUGCAAUCCUUUCUACGACGAAACUUUUGUUUACCAAAUACCGCCAGGCAAAAUUGACGCUCUCACCUUGAAGCUGUCAGUAGUUGAUGUGGGUAGGGUCGGGAAGGGAAAGCAGCUGAUUGGACACAUCAUACUCCCAUUGAGCGAAUUGGACGGAGUGACACCCGACGAAGAACCACAACUCUACAAGCUUGAUAUCGAAAAGGACUUGCAAGAACCAACGUCAGAUCUUGGUGAGAUCCUGGUGUCUUUGCUAUACAAUGAAAAUCUUCAUCGACUCACAGUCACCGUCAUCGAAGCGCGAGGGCUUAAACUGGAUCCGUCGUCGAGCAAGCGUGAGAUGGUAGUACGUGUAACUCAAGAGCGUGCUUGCCGCGGAGUCCGAGCAAGGAGGACGGCUGCUGUGGAAGUCACUGAUGACGGUAGCUGCUUAGUCUCAGAGUGCUUCCACUUCCGGCUGCGAGCCGACGAACUUCACACCACGAGUGUUACCGUACAAGCCCUACAACCACACUCUGUCUAUGCAAAAGACCGCCUUCUCGGUAAGUUUGUCCUAGGCUCGUACAUGUUCGCUCGCGGCCGAGCCCUCCAACAUUGGAACUCUGCGCUGGCAUCGCCGAUGGAACAAGUCAAACAAUGGCACCCGCUCACCAACUAAAUCGACCCGGCCAAAACUAAUGACCCUUUAGCGUUUGUGUAAGAAGCAGUUGACGAAACGGGUAUGCAAAAGACAUAAUAUUAUUAAAAUAUGUACGAAAAUAAGUUUACUUAU